UAAGAAAUGGAAGAGCUAGCAGAGCAUGGUAUUACCCUGCCUCCAAACAUGCAAGGACUGACAGAUGAGCAAAUUGAAGAGCUUAAAUUGAGGGAUGAGUGGUCUGACAAAUGUGUACCCAGUGGGGGAAUGGAAUUUAAAAAGGAUGAACUAGGGCGCCGGAAUGGACAUGCUCCAAAUGAAAAAAUGAAACAUGUUAUAAAGAAGACCAUUGAAGAAGCAAAAGCCUUAAUAUCCAAAAAACAAGUUCAGGCUAACAUAUGUAUUAAUGCAAAAAUGGUGAAAGAGGCACUGGACCAGCUACGAGGGGCAGUCAUGAUUGUUUACCCAAUGGGACUGCCCCCUCAUGACCCAAUUAAGCAGGAAUUUGAGGAAAAAGAAGACUUGUCUGGUACACAUGCUGCACUUCAGGUAAUUGAAGACUCAGAUGCCCAACUGUGGUGGGCAGGAAAAGAGCUUCAGCAAACAAAAAAACUGGCUGAUUACGUAGGAAAAAAUGAGAAGACAAAACUUGUUGUGAAGAUACAGAAAAGAGGAAAAGGAGCACCUGCACGCGAGCCUUUAAUUUCUGAGGAAGAGCAAAAACAGAUGAUGAUGUAUUACUACAGACGUCAAGAAGAACUGAAGAAACUUGAUGAAAAUGAUGAUUCCUUCCUUGAUUCUGAAUGGGCAGACAGCAAUGCAUUGAAAAGACAGUGUCAAGGUGUAAAGAACAUUAGAUGGCGUCCACGAUGAAGAGUCAAAGUAGUACUAUUUUUGAUGGAAAGUAAAACAUGCAAUAUUUGCAACCAGUCAAAAGCGCAGGAUAUAAAACUGAUAUAAAGAACUUUCUUUUAUGUAAAAUGAAAGAUAUUUUCAGAACUCUAUGCAUAACAAAAUAAAAUUAAUUUAUGCAGAUGUUUAUGUGCCUGCUUAGUUUGUCACUGUGGUUAUGCUGACAAGGGAAGUGUUACAAAGAUACCAUGUCCUAAUCUCUGCAGUUGUGUGAUGAAGCACCAGUUGAGUAUAAUUAGUUGAAAAUUGUUCAUGAAAUUUAUCGUGAAACUCAACUCUUCUGCAUGUUGUAAUUCUUUGUUUUACUACCAGAACUGUGUUGUAUUGACUUAAGAAAAGUUACCUUUUUAAUGUUACUGGAGUUCCUUGAUGUGUUACAAUACAUCAAAAGUAGCCUAAAAAGUUGCAUUUACCCGAGUACUUGACUUGAUACAGUGAAGCAACUCCUGUGUUUCUUUUCUUUGUAAUAACUUAAUAUGGAAUAUUAAAUGGUUCAUUAUUUUAAAUAUUUA